CUUAAAAAGUUGUAAAUACAAAAAAAUAUAAUGAAUUUUUUAUAAACCUAGACAUAAUGAAGCGUAACGUGUGAGAACAAAAAGUGUAAUUCCCGUUAAGUUAACUCCCGUUAGUCGAGUUUUCCACGUCGUUUAAGUCGCGGUUACAAAAUGCGGAGAGCUAAAGGGUAUCAGGAUCUGGACGAGAAUGCUGCGGAUACGCGGAUGCCAGCACCGCCCAUGCCGCCCCCGCAGGAGAUCGAGAUGGCAUCGGUUUCGGUGGUGCCUGAUGAUACUUUCACAGUGACACAGGCAGUGAACGCUCUCGGUUUUGGCUGGUUCCAAGUGAAACUGUCGCUAUACACCGGCCUGUGCUGGAUGGCUGAUUCCAUGGAGAUGACUAUACUCAGUAUACUGUCACCAGCUCUGCAUUGUGAAUGGAACAUCAGCAAGUAUCAACAAGCUCUGACCACCACUGUUGUAUUCAUGGGGAUGAUGCUCAGCUCCACAUUUUGGGGAAACAUCAGUGACAGAUAUGGAAGAAAAACUGCGCUGAGUAUGUGUGGUGUGUUGUUGUUUUACUAUGGGCUGCUCAGUGCUGUUGCACCCAACUUCUUGUGGCUGCUAUUUCUGAGAGGUCUAGUUGGCUUUGCAAUAGGAUGUGUACCACAAUCUGUUACCUUAUAUGCUGAGUUUCUACCAACAAAACAAAGAGCAAAGUGUGUGGUUCUCCUUGAUUGUUUCUGGGCAUUAGGCGCGUGUCUAGAAGUGGCUCUAGCACUAGUUGUGAUGCCCACGCUCGGUGUUCACUGGUUGCUGGCACUGUCUACUGUACCACUACUGAUUUUUGCUAUUAUUUGUCCUUGGCUUCCGGAGUCAGCGAGGUUUCACGUCGCUAGCGGAGAACCAGACAAAGCUUUGGCGACAUUGGAAAAGGUGGCGCACGACAACGGGCGUCCUAUGCUGCUGGGGCGGCUGGUGUGCGACGACAGCGCUGGGCUCGGCGCGCGUGGCCGCCUGCGACACCUGCUCACGCCGCACCUGCGCGCCACCAGCCUGCUGCUGUGGUUCAUAUGGAUGUCAUGCGCGUUCUGCUACUAUGGCCUGGUGCUGAUGGCGACGGAGCUGUUCGCGGCGGCGGGCGGGGCGUGUGCGGCCGACUGCCGCCCGCUACGUACUACUGAUUAUAUGGAUUUGUUAUGGACUACGCUUGCUGAGUUUCCCGGUAUAUUUGCAACAAUAUUUGUGAUCGAGAAGUUCGGGCGCAAGCGCACGAUGGCGGCGCAGUUCGUGGCCUUCGCGGCGUGCGUGUGCGCGCUCGUGUACGACGACAACCGCAUGUUUUUGACUUGCGUGCUGUUCCUGGCGCGUGGCAUCAUCGCGGGACUGUUCCAAGCGGCCUAUGUCUAUACGCCGGAGGUGUACCCGACGGCGCUGCGGUCGACGGCGGUGGGCGCGUGCAGCGGCGUCGCGCGACUCGGCGCCAUGAUCACGCCCUACGUCGCGCAGGUGCUCCUCAAGAAUUCUGUGCUGACGGCGACAGCUGUAUACAGUAUAGCGGCGCUUCUGGCGGCUGUCGCCUGCCUCGCGUUACCUAUUGAGACUAAAGGACGAGAGAUGAGGGACACCGUCACCGGUACCACAUAGGUACCGACAUGGUACCACGUAGGUACCAUAUUCCCGUGUGGUACCAAUUAUAUGGUAGCAGAAGAGAGGAGAAAGAAGGUUGUAAACUAAGUCUGUUCGCGUCAGACAGUGAGUCUACGAUUUUACGAUUCGAUCUGAGAUUUUUUUUACCUGAGAAAUGUUAAUUUUUUCGUUACUUUUAAAUAUUAUUGAAGUAUAAGUAACAUCUAAACAUGAACUAACGGCAACUAGAAACUUCUAUGGAUUAUGACGAAAACCACAAUAUUUAAUUUUGAUUUUUUUAUAAUGGCAACAAAGUACUUAAUUAUUGUUACCCUCAUUAAAACACAGUAUUUUAAUAUGAUCUUCUAUAAAAAAGAGCUUAAAUGCAAAAGUAGCCUAACUAAGGCUUCUUACAGACGAACGGCACUUGUCGACGACACGCGUAGACUGCAGUCGUCGGCAGUCGUUGGAUUUUUUUUCAUUUAUUUUUUUUACACUUGUCGAUGGCUGCCGUUGACGCGUGCCGUCGACAAAUGCCGUUCGUCCGUAAGCGCUCUAAUGAGAUUUAUAUAGAGUUAGAUUACUUUUGCACUGUGCCUAACGGAUUCCGUCUUCCAAUGUACAUAAGGCUGAUUUAUGAAUCUUUUAAUUUAUUAUUAAUAAUAAGUAUAAUAACAUUCGUAAC